CGAGGUCCGACGGCGGGCACAAAGGCCGAAGUCUAGGACAAACGAUCAGAUUGAAAAACCGGAGAAACAACAACUGCAUGAGCACACACACUUUUCACGGUCUGCGCGGAUUUCCUAGAUCUGCGCUGGACCCCCCUUCCUAGCGCGCGGAGCGCGCCAGGCGCGUCGCCGGAGGCGCCGCCAGAUCCGAGAGCCGCGCGGACCGGCGAAAGUUUAGUGUACGUCGUUGCAGUCCUCUUCAUUAUCUGAAAGACCGGGGUCCUCGGAGAGCCGGUUCGUGCGCGCCGCGCCCACAGCUUGGCAUCGCUCGGGUGUGUGCAGUUCUCUUCGGCGAGGACCGUUGAGGAGCAGCUUGGGUCAUAGUCGGGAAAUCAACGAACGAAGUUGAAAGAUGCACGGAACAUGGACGUCCGAGCGAUAGCAAGACAGGGCAAGGGCAAGACGCAGCUCGACGGCCACGCGGGCGGCGCGCUGGGGACGCUCGCGCGCGCCCUGCGCCAGCUGCACGCGGCUGACAUGCUGAACGCCAGGUGCGUCGCGGCGGUGGUCGCGAACUCGCUGGGGGACCUGAUCGCCCUCGUGGCGGAGCACCCCGAGGUGAUCGACUGCGCCGCGGGCGCGCAGCCGGAGGUUGCCCGGGAGGUCAUGCAGGCGCUGCUGGACCACGCGGCCUGCGCCGAGGGCCUCGAGGACUGCGCGGGGAAGCUGCAGGCCGCCCUGGCGGGCGACGCCGUCCCCGCCAGCGAGGCGCUCCUGGCGCUGUUGACGGCGCUGAGCGAGCUGGCGUUCGGCCCCCGCGUGUCCUUCCUGGAGGCCCUCUACACCGGCCAGCAGGAGCGCAUCGACUGCCUCCUCGACAAGGCCCAGCCGUUCCUGGCCAUGCUGCCGCCCAUGCCCGCGGAGCACGGCGCGCACAUCUGCGACGGCUGCGACCAGGGGCCCCUCCGCGGGCCCCGCUUCUCCUGCAAGAGCAUCGGCGACUUCGACCUCUGCGCCCGCUGCUUCGCGGACAGGGACUCCAUCUGCGGCGGCAGGUGCGCGGGCCACGAGUUCGAGACGAUCGCGGGCACCGCCUGCGGAAAGGGCCAUGGCAAGGGCAAGGGCAAGGGCAAGCACAAGGGCGGCCACGCCGCGGAGGGCGCCGAGGGCGCCGGCGUCGGCCCGCAGCAGUCGGGGCCCAGCACUCUCAGGGCGAGGGAGGGUGCGGACGAGACCAUCACCAUACCGAGCGGCUUCUCCGUGGUCGCCGCAUUCUACGGGGACGCGUCGCGCGGCAAGGGGCGCGACGUCACCGACAUCGUGAAGAGCUGCGAAGCCAGCGGGCAAGUCCUUCGUGCAUCCAACGAGCUCUUCGGGGACCCCGUCUUCGGCACGGAGAAGACCCUCUUCGUAGACGUCGAGGCGUCUGCAGUGACAAGCUCCACGGACUGCGACAGCCAGAUGCCCGCAGAUGGCGACAGCCAGGCGACCACGGACAAGGGCAAGGGCAAGGGCAAGUGCAAGGGCAAGGACAAGAGCAAGUGCGAGGGCACCGGCGUCGCCUGCGCCAACCCAGGUUGCGGCUUCCGGGUGACUUGGCACGCGACCCACUGCUGCCACAUGUGCAAGAGCUCCGACGGCAAGGGGCACGGGCACAGGUGCAACAAGGUGCCCGUGGCAGACACCGAGGCCACGUCCAAGGAGCCCCCAGCGCCCGGCGCUGCCCCGGCCAGCUCCGCGGGCCGCGACGGCCGGGCCGAGCUGCAUGGGGCACCCGCCCUGGACGGCUCGACGGAGGGCGACAGCCCGGCGGGCACGGCGCAGGGCACGGACAAGGGCAAGGGCAAGGGCAAGGGCAAGGGCAAAGGCAAGGAAGGCAAGGACAAGAGGAAGUGCGAGGGCACCAGCGUGGCCUGCGCUUGUGGCUGCGGCUUCCAGGUGACCUGGCACAAAACCCACUGCUGCGGCAUGUGCAAGCAGACCGACGGCAAGACGCACGGGCCGAAGUGCAGCCAGGUGCCCCUGGAGGCUUACGGAGGCCCCCAGAGGCUUCCGGAGGGCUCUAGCCUCCGAGUAUCCUGGGAGGCUCGGGUUGACCCAAAAGGGGUCCAGCGACAAGGGGGUGGUGCACUAGAUUUGGUGCACUGGAUUUGUG